UUUUCCACCGGGCAGAAAGAGUGUUUUUCACGCAUUUCCUUCAUUUCCUUCCCCCUCCCAGUCAUUCGUUUGACAGUAGUUAAUUAUUGUUGAGGUGUAAAAGUGUGUGCGUGUCAGUCAGCCACUGACGGUUGCCGUCGCGUUGAAGAAAGAGUGUCAAAAAAGUGAAUUAUCGCAUGAACUGCGAGGAAAAUUUUCAAGCACCAACAAAAUAGCUGCUGCUGGAAAAGAAAGCUAAUCGCUGCUGGUCGUUAACGUGCUAACAAGUGUCUGGUUUGGUGUGAUUCGAAGAACAGUCAAGAAAGUGCAUUAUCAGACAAUUAAUCCGGAGGAAAAUGGUGUUCUUCUAGCUAGUUUGCCGUGCAAUCAGAAAAGUGACUCAACGAAACAUUCCAUCGCUGAAUUGGAGUAGCUGCUGCUGCUGCUGCCGCCAGAUCCGGACGACGACGAUUAUUCAGGAAGCACAGAAUGAGCUCAUCACACUGGGAGGAAUUUUACGCGACCCAUCUGCCGCCAAACUGCUUCGAGGACAAUCGAUCCCUGCUGAAGGAGUUUUGCGAUCGGCACUUCAAACUCAACAGCAACAUCGUUCUCAUUACGUCCGGCGGAACCACGGUCCCACUCGAGCACAACACCGUUCGCUUCGUGGACAACUUCAGCGCCGGCAAUCGCGGUUCGGCUUCGGCCGAAUAUUUCCUGGACCAAGGCUAUGCCGUGAUCUUUAUGUACCGGACCAAAUCGCUAGAACCCUUCUCGAGGCACUUCACCGGACAGCAGCUGCUGGAUAUGCUGGAACUGCACGAGGAAGGCAUGAGCACCACCAUCACCGUUAAACCCGACUCGGUGGACGUGUUGGCGCCGAUCCUGGACAAGUAUAAAAACGCCCAGGAAACGAACCGGAUGUUGUACAUCACCUUCACCAGCGUGGUCGACUAUAUGUGGCUGCUGCGGGCCGCCUGCGAAUGCUUAGCCGCAUUCGAACGCAACGCACUGCUCUACCUGGCCGCGGCCGUAUCGGACUUUUACGUGCCACAGGACGAAAUGCCAACGCACAAGAUCCAGUCCGGUCACGGUGCUCCGACCAUUUCGCUCCAGUUGGUACCGAAAAUGCUGGCCCCGCUGGUUAGCCUCUGGGUUCCGCUGGCCUACGUCGUGUCGUUCAAGCUGGAAACGGACGAAAACCUGCUGAUUGCCAAAUCGCGGGAAAGUUUGAACAAGUACAAGCACAAACUGGUCAUCGCCAACAUCCUGCAGACGCGCAAGAAUCGGGUGGUAUUCGUCACCCAGAACAAGAACUAUGACGUGCUGUUGUCGAAGGAGCAGGCCCACAAGGGUCAGGAAAUUGAAGAGCACAUCGUGACGGACGUGGUCGAUCGGCACCAGGAGUUCAUCCGGGAGGGCGAAAUGCAGCAGCUGCAGCAACAGCAGCAAUGACCCCUGCGCUCGCCACGAGCACUGACCGGUGGCGGAGGCGGAGGACAACAGCUGCAGCAGCAGCAGCAUCAGCAUCAGCAACAGCAACAACAACAACAGCAGCAGCAGAUGCAAUCGCACCAACCGCAGGUCGACUGCCGGGUGACGAUGCCGCACUUUUGCAAGAUCCUCAACCCGGGGAGAAAGUACUGAAGGGCGACCGGGAGGUAUGUUUAGUUUUAGUUUUUGUUUGGAUAAGUUAUGAAAUUGUUCAUUCAAAGUAUUUUUUUUUUCGGGAGGGCAAUGCGGGGGAAAAUUAGCGCAGAAACUGUGGUUAACGUAAAUUAUUAUAUUCGUCUGAUGGUGACUACUUAUUAUAUAUAGCUAAAGCAACAAUGCAGCAAAACUGACUGUGUUUGUGGUGUGGUAGUUGAUGAUGUUUUAGUGAAACACACACACACAAAAUAUUUAAAAAAAAAACAGAAAACUGUACGUGGAACAAAAUAUUAUGUAAUCAACUGCACGCUCUGUAUUGACUUAAUAUCUAGUGGGAGUAAAGUGAACCUUAACUGUGCGUGUGUAUGUAGGACUAGUCUAGGUUUUUUUCGUCGAAAGGGACCCGUUUUUUCGAUAGAAGGACUUGUAGGGAGACAUUGUUGCUGGAAAUGGUGAUAUUCAUUGUUAUUGGUUGGGAAAUGUUUGUUAUAACUUAUUUAAGAUUUUUGUUUUUCUCAGGGAAGUCAAUGCCUGUAUCCGGGGAACUUUGAGGUGUGGGCGUAAUUGCUUUUGUAAAUAUACACAUCAGCUCCAAAUGAUAGAGGAAUCAUUCAAUGUUGAGCUUUAUGGUGAAUGACGUAUUUGUUUACAGGAAAAGUUCUCCGGAUAUAGAGCAUCUGGUUGAAGCACGUGAACAGUUGGGGAAAUGUGAUUCAACUGGUAAUUUAAUCUCGUUGUGUUCUACACGGGACCCAUAUUUACAGGAUAGCAGCCGUACGUUGUUGUAAGUGGCUUAUAUAGUUCAGAUAAGAAUUUCCUACCACUAAAGACUGAUUAUGAUUAUUUAUCCGGUGCGUCCGGUGGUUCGGCGUGAGAAGUAAACAUUUCGAUCGUUCGGUGGUUUGGCGUGUGAAAAUGCUGAGCUUGCACAUCGCGUCAUCCGUUUCUAACGUACUUUUAACUUUGUCAUCGGUAGAUUUCUCUUCGUCAUGACUAUAACUAUUACUAUCGGGGAUUUGACCCGAUUCAGAAGGAACCGGCCCAGAUCCACUGCCAUUAUUCAUUGCAGCUAAAUUCUUGCCCGCAAUAAUUCUCGAAAAUGAACUAGCCAUAUUUUCCUAUUUCUCAUUUAAUAAUUUUUGAAGUCCGCCAACGGCCUCCUUUAGGUUAGGGUACCAUUAUACCGUUCUUUUUGUUACUUUUGUGGCGUGAUAUUCAAUACGAACAAAUACCCGUUCUCUUUGAAGGUUGAACUAACGGAAGUUGGUCAUCCUGUCAGCGGAAUCUACUCGGCCAACUUUGUUGCCUCGGUUUGUUUCAGGAACUCCCCGAUAGUUCCGGUUCUUACACCCUUGCUAGCAUCGACCAGGCAGUGUACAUAUUCCUCCAGGCUCGAAUUAGUUUCUCAGCCACCCUGCAACGGAUUCGUUGUCAAGGUCAACGUAACGUCCAUCAACCAGUCCUGGUGCCGCCUCGACUGCAGGUCCGAGGACACUAGUAGGCCCUCUAUAGAACUGAGGAGUCAGUUCACUACCGGUUCCCCUGACAUAAUUGAGAAUAGCCGCGUUUGCGUUUGCCUCGUGGACGUUGAUCUCUCCGACCAUUCUGGCGUUCGAUGACCUAACCCGCGAGUUUGCGCACCCGAUUGCGUGAACGAAGAUAUGGAGAUGCGGUUUGACGGUUGCGGAGUACGGGCUCUUGGUGGACAGCUUCAUGCUAGAGAGAUACAGGGUGUAUGAAAAUCGAUUGUCGAUCUCCUCGCCGGACUUCAGAAGGCGCUCCAAAUCAUCUGCAAUGUUCGCGGUCCAAAUCCAUUGGGCCAGGCCCUAGAGCCGCGCAGUCUCUGUAUCUAGUCGAGAUCGUAAAGUAGCGCACUCGGGAUUAACGCUAGGUUCGGAGACACUGGGAGUCGUUAUGUAUUUUACACUAUGUACUCGAUCAUUGGUGAUCGAAAUUGAAGUUGAGUUGAGUGGUUUCACAUUUUUUGCGAAAUCUUGAAUAAAACGGCGGUAAUAACCGAGGGUUCCAAGAAAACCUCUUAGUUCCGUUUCCGUUUUUGGAAUUGGCCAAUUUUCAGCACUUUUGCUGCAAAAACUGCCUGGUUAAUCUUCCGCCUACGUUCAAGAGUUUCAAUACCCAGUAGUUGGCAACGAUCUUCGUAGGGUGGUAGGUUCGUAGGAUCGUACCAAGGAAGGUGGCGAAGAACGUAACGAACGAAUUUCCUCUGAACAGACUAGAUCCUCGCUAUCCAAACUGUUUCAUACGGACACCAUACUACUACACCAAAUUCCAAGAUCGAUCGCACUAGAGAACAAUAUAGAGCUGUCAGGCAGGUAGGUUCCCGAAACUCAUCAGAGAUCUUAAAGAUGAAUCCGAGUUGCCUGUUAGCUUUGGCUAUGAUAUCCGUGUAAUGUAGCGUAAAUGUCAAAGCAGAAUCAAGUGUAAUUCCUAGAUCACGAACGUUGUCCACACGCUGCAGAGGUUGGUUAUCGAUCGUAUAAUUGAAUGCAAUAGGUUUUAGCUUGCGAUGGAAAGUGAUGAUAUUGCAUUUUUGAACACUCAACGUGAGAAAAUUCCUAGAGCACCACUCUUCGAAACUAUCGAUCAGGUGCUGCAACCGCAGGCAGUCAGUGAAGCAUCGCACAGCCACUGCGUUAUCCAUUCCGGAAACCCCAUGUGUACCAUUUUGUCUAUGACCAAGAUAUUUGGUACAGUGUCGAAGGCCUUGGCGAAAUCUAUAUAAAUCGAAUCAACUUGUUGUCCAUGUUCAACUUCGCGAGACAAGGUGUUGACGUAACACAUCGUGGAGCGUUGUUUCAUGAAACCAUGUUGGCUGCCGGAGAUUAAUGAAGAUACGGCGUUAUACAGAACGUUAUGCACCAGUUUUUCGAAAAUUUUGCUCAAGCAACACAAGACAGAAACACCUCGAUAGUUCGUGACUCGAUUACAGUUGCCGGAUUUGUAGAUUGGAAUGAUAGAAGCUGAUUUGCAAGCCACUGGGAACAUCCUGUCAUGCAGCGAACGGUUGAAUAGAGAUGUUAUGGGAGAUGCAAGUGCGGUGGAACAAUUCUUCAGCAGCAAGGGUGGUAUACCGUCCAUUCCAGGUCCUUUAUCAACGUCGAGUUCUUCAAUGGCUUUCACCACUUCGACAACGGAAAACUGAACGUCGGGUAGAUUUAUGUCUGGUGAAGCAAUAUAGGCAAAGCGGCUGAAGCGAGGAACAGGCGAUGAUUUGCUAAAUACGCUCUCGAAGAACUUGGCGAAUAGGCUUGCUGCUUCCGAAUUAGAGCUAGCGAUGGUUUCGUCGUAUUUAACGUUAGUUGGAAUGCGAGUAGCCGAUUUUUGGCUUCUGACAAAAUUCCAGAAACAUGAAGGAUUUUGCUUGACAUCUAAUUGAAUCUUAGCCAUGUAACUUUCAUACGUGGAAAAGAGAAGUGCCUUGUACGUUGUUUCCACUUCCUGAUUAGGUUAUUCCGCUCACUAUCGGACUUCAUCAGAAAGAAACGGCUGCGUGCUUUCCUGAGGACGUUUCGUAGAUGACGUAGUUCAGAGGUCCACCAUGGCUUGUUGUAGACUAAAGAAGCUCGUUGUCUCUUUUGAGGUACUUGGUCACUAAGAACUUCGUAAAGUUUAUCAUAGAAAGCAGAUACAGACUCGUCCAAUGAUUCCCGUCGCAGUAGAGCAUCCCAUUCGAUGUUUGAGAGCACGUCAUCCAAACGACCAAAAUCACACGACUGAAAAUUAAAGUUGAAUCUCACAUCCCCAUCGUCCGUUGUGAUUGUGCCAUUACAGCUUUCGUCAAGAAGCAAGAUAAAUGGUGCGUGAUGGUCGUCAAUUGGUAAAAGUGGAGUUGAGGGUACAAUGAGGUCAAAGUACUCCGGUAGAUUGACAAACACAAGAUCGAGGAGUCUGCCAUUAGUAUUCACAACAUCGUUGACCUGACGCAAACCAGAGGCAAACAUAUUUUCUGUGAGGCAACGUUCUAUUUCUGAGGAAACGUUUGACGGGAUAAAGCCGUUCACGUCAUCGUCUGAUUGCCACCUGAGGUGUCUACCGGACGCAAUCUAGGUUUUCGGAUUGAAGUAUACUCGACAACUUCCAAUUUGAGAUUCGUUUUUAUUGAAAUGGAAAUCUUACCAACUAACUUACAGAGUUUUCCUAUGGGUGGAGCCUGGACUGUCUUAUUGGAUAAAAAAGACUAUACUUAAGAACGGGCGUCGCCAAAUAUGUAAACGCACUUAACACACACUAUGCAUCAAGAAGUAUGUCACUGCCGGUCAACAUUUGCCUCACGCGUUGUUAAGCGGUGGUGUUUAAUUUCAUGUAGCUGGUGUUGUUAAACACGCGGUCGUUUUGGAAAGGAUGUUUGAAAAGGUUUGGAAUUUGAUCCACAACGCGGAUGCGUGGAAUCGUUUUGGGUUUGACUUGGAAAACAUGUUUUGAGGAAACGUUAACUGAAGUGGUUUCGAUGUAACUGAAAAUAUUAAUUGUCACAUCGCAAUGAGGAAAUUUAUGAGAUGUUUGCCUUACGGGAAACGUCGAACUACUUUUUGAAAUGCAACAUGCUACCCUUAUGAGAAACGUCGGUCAUGGGAAAUUAUUUGAAAUGGUAACACAUGGUUUGGUGUUUAUGGUGAGAAAUGAUUACGGUUACUUUUGUGGUACACUACACCUCCCCCCUUUAAAAGAAUGGUGUAGUGCAACGAAAGCGCUCUAAAAAAAAAAAAUUGUAUGUUUGAUUGGUUUGAGUUAAAUAAAUAAUCCAGACUCCAUUCACAAUAUUUGCUUAUUUGAUUAAUCUAUUUCUAUGAACUAUCAAAUGGUUAUUUGUUGUUUCAUUUCGGAUUUCACAAUUUUGAUUGUUCACUUGAGUAACUAAAUAAGGACCGUUAUAAAAUUAAUCUAAUUUUCUUCUGUUUUCAUUAGUCAAAUAAACUUUGUCUCCUAUAUUUAUCUCAAUCGGAUUUGCAGCUUGUUCGGAAUUUUUACUUCUUAAUAAUUUUUGGGCAAUUAGUUUAUCUUUGGCGAGGGAAUUUGAUUUUUGAAUUUUGUAUCUGAGCUCAUUUUUGUAGGCUUCCAUAUUGUAAACAGGUUCUAUUCUAUCGUUCCGUAGCUUUAAAACCAAACACUAGUUCAUAAGGUGUAUACCCAUGAUCAGAGUGUGGUGUUGUAUUAUAGUUAAAUUCAUAAUAUUUCAGCCAAUCAUCCCAGUCAGAUUGAUGUUCAUUGACAAAAAAUCUCAGAUAUUCAUUCAAACAUCUGUGAUUUCUUUCUAAUGAACCAAUCGUUUGUGGGUGAUAUGCAGUUGAGAAUGUUUGCUUAAUGUGUAAUAAAUGACAAAUCUGUUCCAGGACUUCAUUCUUGAAUUCAGUACCUUGAUCGGAUUUUAACUCUAAGAAAUUACCAUAAAUAAGAAUAAAGUUAUCAAUCAAAGCUCGUGCUAUUGCAUUCGCUUCUUUCGUUUGUAAAGGAAUAAGAACAACAUAUUUAGUGAGAUCGCACUGUAAGGUCAAUGCGUAUCGAUUAUUAUGAUUACUUCUAGGAAGAGGUCCUACUGUAUCUAUAGAGACCACUUCAAAAGGUUUUGUAGGAGUAGUAGUUAUAUGGAAUUGUUCUCUAGUAUGCGUAAUUACUUUGUUUUUCUUGCACAAUUCGCAUGACUUGACGAAUUCUGCAACAAUUUCUUUCAUGUUCUUCCAGACAUAAAUUUCACGGAGUUGUAGGUACAAUCUUUUUUGACCUAUGUGUCCUCCUGUAGGUGUUUCAUGAUAAAUUUUCAUAAUAUUUCGCAUAACUUGAAAGUCACUAAUGACCUUCUGUGGCUUAAAAAUUAUGAUUUGCAAAUGUUGUAAAAUUUUAUUGGCCUUUUCUUUAAAUUCAUUCAUUGACAAAUGUUUAAAUAGUUCAUCAUCUGUUGCAAUUGCUAGCGUAUCAAUUUUCAAUGCCUUGGCUUGAUUUUCAAGUUUUGAAAGAGCAAACUCUAAUGCUUGACUUCCAUUAUGUCUUGAUUGUUGUGCUUGAGCUACAACUUUCAUGUAUUUAUUGUUCUUACAAAUUAAAAAUGUCAAAUAAUGGUUGUCUAUAGUUGUAACCAAUUUCAACAUAUUUUUGGUCUCAGAUGGAUUUUCAGUAGUAUAAGAUUGAAGUUGAUCAGGCUCCUCACUUAAAACUGGUUUAUCCACAAUAUUUUUCGCUUUUCUGGUCAUAGCUCGUGUAUACUACUACUAAUAUACUAUUUGACUUUAAGUUUUCUGAAGUUAUUUCAAUACGUGAGAGCGCAUCGGCUCCAACGUUUUCCUUGCCUCUAAUAUAUACAACGUCAAAAUCAAAUUCUUCAAGAUCAAGACGCAUUCUCGUUAAUUUCGAAGAUGGAUCUUUGAUCUUGAAUAAGUAAACAAAUAAUUCCUACAUCUUCGCUUAUUUCCUCCUCAAGAUUAUCCUUCUUGUUAUGGAGAUUCUUCAUCAAAUUUGACAAAAUGCACAUAGCCAGUCCUCACUGUAAAUCUUCUGCCAUACAAAUAGGGUCUAAAGUAAUUUAUAGCCCAAUGUAUUGCAGUUAGCUCUUUCAGUAUUACUGAUUUAUUUUUCUCGCCUGGUGUGAAUGUUUUACUGGCAAAGGCAAUCGGAAGAUCACCUUUUUCAGUAACUUGGGAAAGUACGGCUCCGCAUCCUAUAUCAGAUGCGUCCGUGGUAAGAAUGAAUCUAUUGUUAAAGUCAGGGUAUUGUAGUAUUUUAGGUGACAUCAGCUGGUAUCGCAAGUAAUCGAAUGCUCGUUGACAUUGAUCUGACCAAUAAAAUUUUGCAUUUUUUCUUAGAAGUUGGUUCAAAGGAUGUGCUAUACUAGCGAAAUUUUCUACAAACUUUCUAUAGUAGUUACAGGUAAGCUACAAAUCUCCUUACUUCAUCAGCAUUUUUUGGAAUAGGAUAAUUAAUUAAUGUAUCAAAUUUUGAAUCAUCGGGUAAAAUACCCUUAUCAGUAAUUUUAUGACCAAGAUAAACUACUUCUGAUUGGAAGAAUUUACAUUUGGAUGGAUUGAGUUUUAGAUUGUAAAAUCUCAAACGUUUGAAAACUUCGGAUAAGUUACUUAAAUGAUGUUUAACUGAGCAUCCAACUAUAACGAUAUCAUCGAUGUAAAUAAAUGCUAUUUCAGGCGCUAGACCAGCCAUGGCUAUAUUCAUCAUCCGUUGAAAACUAUUCGGACUGAUGUUCAAGCCAAACGGUAGUCUUUUAAAUUGGUAAUGACCAGUUGAUGUAGAAAAAGCUGUAUACUUUCUUGACUCUGGAUCUAAUGGUAUCUGGUGAAAACCAGACAUUAAAUCAAGAGUGGUAAAGUAUUUUGCUCUACCUAACUGAUCUAAUAUUUCGUCAAUUCUGGGUAAAGGAAACUUGUCAGCCAGAAUCUUUUUGUUCAACUGGCGAAAAUCUACAUCAAGUCUCCAUUUCUUAUCUUGAUUAUCCGACUUCUUAGGAACUAGGAGUACAGGUGAAUUAUAGGGCGAUAUUGAUGGUUCAAUAAUAUCAUCCCGUUGUAAUUUUUGAAUUUGUUUGUCAAUUUCUUCAUGUUGAGAAUGAAUCGUGCGAUAGUUCGGUAUAUAGACUGGAACACUAUCAUUCAAUGGAAUAUGCUGCGAGUAAAAAUUAUUAGUCGAAAGAUUUUCAUCCGGUAAACAAAAAAUAUCUUCGAAAUCACUAAUAAGAUUCCCUAAAGGUUUUUGAACAUCAAGAGGAACGUUCUUGAUAUUUAUGUUGUUAAGAAUCUCAUUGACUCUAUUAUUCUUAUUGUAAAUAUGAUUAUUCUUAUUGCACUCUAUUUUCAUAAAAUUCCGAAGAGGUUCAGUUUUAGGCAUGAAAUUUUUAAUUACAGUUUGCUUAUUAGUAGUAUUUACAAAUUUUACAGUGGUUAAUGCAGGAGGCACUAUAGUAUUUCCACAAAAUACUCCAGCCUGGAUUUCUUGUGAAAGCACUACAGUAUCUUCAGUGAAAUUAAUCAGAGGAAUACGCCUUAUUACUUCGCAUCUGGCCGGGAUAACGAUAGCAUUAUUAAGGUUAUCCUCUAUGGGGAUAUCAAUAGAUUGAUUUUGAAAAUUUAUGUUAAGAAUCCAAGUUUCGUAAUUAAUGUUGCAUCUGUACUUAAUUAAAAAAUCACGACCGAGAAUGCCAUCAGUCGGGAUUGGAAAUUCAUUCGGAACAAUUUGAAAUGUGUGGUUGACUAUCAAACCAUUAUGGAAUCGAAGGCUUGUUGUGAUUUCAGCUAAUGUUUCAAUAGAUCCUUCUGUUACACCUGUGAGAUUGAAUUUCUUUGCUGGGUUUAUCAUCUGAAAUGCCGAUAUUUUUCCUAUCUUAAACAAUGCAGUAUCUGCACCACUGUCUACAAUAAGUGUGCAUUUUGAAUUAGUCAUUUGUACAUCUAAAGUAACAAAAUUUACAGCAUUUAAAUUGAUGCUUAAUAUUGAGGUAGGUUCGGGUGUGCCUGACUCCCGUGGCCUUGGCCUGAAAAAUAUUCAUUUUGCUGUUGUUGCAUUCUCUGUGUUGAAAUGUUGGUUUCGGCCACCUCUUUACCGUUCUUUUGACGGUUUUAAUUAACGAGUACCAACGCGCGCACAACUUAGCAUGGAACGAACAUGGACUUUCUCUUACGUGCGAAAUGCCUGGCUGGAGAUUUCCAGCCGGGUCGCAGAGAAUACACUUGAUUUAUUGAGAAUGUCGAAAUGCCGAGAUGGGUAGUCCCAUUCGGAUCGAGCUCAAAAAUCAGAAUCACUGUUUAUUGAACAUGCUUAUCUUUUUACAUUGGUUUAUGUGUGGUAGAGUAAGAUAUCUAUGGUUUAGAGUGAGACGACUGGAGUGACGUAUAAUUUGUCUAAAAUUGCUCAUCCUAGCAUAAUCGAUAAGUUUACAUGUACUUUACUUAAGCGCUUGGCGUUGUCAUCCGAAACCUUUCCUGCUGCGCGAACGACCUCGGACCACACCGGUAGGGUGGAGAGAGACGAGAGUGCGCUGAAAGUCCAGUAUCGAGUGGCUACACAUAUGGCUCGUUUAGAAUUGCAUAAUUGCUUUCUUUUUGUCAGGGAAUGGAGUAUCAUAUUUGUUAAUUUGUAUUUUACUGCAAUAGGGAAUGGUAUACCACACUUUGCUAUGUGGGCGAAUUUGGGAACAAACCGCCUGUAAUAGCUAAUUGUUCCUAGGAAUGAUUUAAGUUUCUUCGGAGUUUUUGGCAGAGGCCAGGCCUUUAUUGCCUCUAUUUUGUUUGGAUUGGGCUUAACCCCAUCUGUUGUGACGACAUGUCCAAGAAAACCUACUUCCUUUCGGAGGAAAUCUGACUUGUCGCAUUGCACUUUGAGAUUUGCUUCUCUCAAAGUUUGGAGGACCUUUUUAAUAUCCUCUAGGUGUGUCUGUAAAUUAGUACUAAAUAUAAUGAUGUCGUCCAUGUAGACGAAGCAUCUUAUACCCAAGUGCUUUCUCAGCACUGAGUCCAUGAGUCGUUGAAACGUUGCCGGGGCGUUCUUCAACCCGAAUGGCAUUCGUACGAACUCAUACUUCCCAUGGUCUAUAUUAAAGGCCGUUUUGGGAAUAUCUUUGGGGUCGACCUCAAUCUGGUGGAAACCACUCUAGCUAGGUCGAGCACCGUAAAAUACUGAGCUUUUCCUAAUCGGUCUAGCCUUUUGUACGUAAAUACGGUAUGAAAUUCAUGUCAGAUGUUUUAUUAAGCGAACGUUUUGAAAAUUUGAUUCGUCCACCUCGCCAUGUCCGUCAUUGUCAUCGUCGUCAUCGUCGCUGUAAUUUAAUGCGUCGGGUUCGUCUUCCUCCCGUUCCUCUUCUAUCUCGUUAUUAUGAACCUCAGCUUUAGUUUUGUAGCUAGGUUUGUGCUGAGUAAAGUUUUUCUUGAAUGGUGGCUUAGGAGGGAAUUUAGAACUGAUUUGAUUAAUGCAUACUGCUUGGUAUGCCUCCUCUAAUGAUUCCGGCUCUGACUGCCUGAUUAUGGAUGCGAGUGGUUCGCCGAUGUUGUCGAGAUACUUUGUGAUUAUAAGGAUUUCAAUUAAAUGAUUGGUUUCAACCGGGUUCAAGGUUAGAUUCAUUUUUAAUUUCGACGAUAAUUCCUUAACGUCGGCGUAAAAUUUGUGAUUGUUCCUAUCACCCCGUUUCAUGUGAAACAGUUUUGAUAGGUUUGUGGCAAAAUCUCUUUGAUCGCCAUAGUUUUCGAGUAAAACCCUCCUGAUACCUGGUACCGAGCUGGGGUUUCCAUUUGCACAUAAAAUUGUGCGCGCUUCGCCUUUUAUUUUAUUUUUAAUAGCCCGCAUGUAGUGGCUUGGAAUUGUGUCGGGAGCGUCAUUUUCUCCCUUCACGAGAUACAUUUCAGGGCGGCUAGUAGAACCACGAUGGUGGUUCCAUUAGGUUCCAUUCUUUGCCGUUCUUCUCGUCUUCGUCACUCGGCAAGUUAUUUUCGAUCCGCAGGUUUCGGUCUAUUUACUAUUUUACGCACUGAAAUCGGUACUGUUUUUCGCACUAAAGUGGUUUCGCAUUGCACAUUGACCGUCGUGCUGCUGCUAGUCAAUCGUCAACAAAAUCGUAUCUCACUGCGUAAUAACCGUCGUGCCGCUGCUAUUCACUACGUUCAUUCGUGGGUUACAACUCGCUAUGCCCAUUGGUCCUCGGUAGUAUCGAAAGCCAAUCAGUAGUAUUUUUACUACCAUUCUUCAUCAUAGGGUUCUUUUUCAAAUUAUCUAGUAUACUAUUGAGCUUGUGGAUUAAGAUGCCACAUUCCUCCAUUUACUUUGAUUCAUUUAUUCGUGGACCCUAUGUAUGUAUAGUUUUCAAUCAACUUUUAUAAUAAUUGAAACUCUAGUUGCCAUUUGUCAAACAUGUAUGUUAUCUGAUCUAACAAUUCUUGGUCAUGCGUUGCCGACCUUGUAGGUAAAGGUAUCCGAAUCAGUACACCACCACAUUCCGAGCACUUUCUCUGUGGCUAGCUCCAGCGGCA